AUGAGGUGGGUAUUGAUUAGACUGGACGCUACUAUGGCUCAGGCAUACUCAGCCGGAAGGCAUCAAAGAGCCAUGGUUUCCGCUGACACUGAAAAUGCCGAAGGUCCCGUUCUCUUGGGACAGAGGAUCCCACAGCACGACCUGGAAGAUGAGAAAGAUCUCAACGUCAGCGCGAAAGGAGAUCCCGCAUGUCAACAGAUUCCUGUGCAAGGACGAGCUUGCAGCACGCCGUGUCUCGGAUGGUUCCAGAUGCUCUACGCGACCUUUGGCUCCUUUGUACCACUGGGUAUGCUGGUCUAUGGGUUGCAAGAGAGUUUUGCGAAAAGCUCUGGUGACUUCGCUUGCAAGUACUACAUGAUGGAUGUGCUGAAACUUGACGGUGCCACAAUGGGAAGGCUGCAGACCGCUGCACAUGUCCCUUAG